CUGAAAUUCCUGAAACUUCCUUCAAAAAAAAAAAAAAAUUCCUGAAACUGAGCUUAAACCCUAAACCCUCUGCAACCAACAAAUAACUAAUUUUUUUGUCUGAAAAUCCCCAUUAAUCCAUCUCCGUUUCUUCUUAUGCAAUCAUCCACAACAAUCCCUUCAAAUUCUCAAUCUCUUCGAUUCUCAUGGAACCCUUCAAUCCCCAGAACUUUUUCUCCCCAAAUCCUCAAUUCCAAUCCCAUUAGUAACAGUAGUAGUACUAGAGGAGGCAAUCGGGUCAUUCCAUUCGGGUUCGGUUCGGGUCAAUUCUCUUUCAAAGCAUUAUCUCUCUCCGAUGAUCAAAAACCCUUUAUAAAAAAGGAUCAAUUUCUGUUUAAAACUGACCUCCCUGUUGUGAUUAGGAGAAAUGGGAGGGAUUAUAGGUAUUUUUGGGAUGGGGAUUUUCUGGAGCUUGUUUGUGUUGAAGAUGGGGACCCAUUAACAUUUGUUCAAAGUUUUGAAGAGUGUAUUAGAAAGUUUGUGAGGGUGGUGAGAGAUUUUUUCAUACCAAAACAGGUUACUGAGAAUUACAUUGAUUAUGUCAAAUGGAAGUUCUUGCAUCGAGUCUUUAGUUCUUCCCUUCAAGUUCUUGCAACACAGGCGAUGUUUCGGGCAAUUGGAGUUGGGUAUGCUCAGUCUCUUCCUUCGGCUGCGGCUAUGAACUGGGUGCUCAAAGAUGGACUUGGUAGACUGAGUAGGUGCAUUUAUACAGCUUGUGUAGGUUCUGCUUUUGAUACGAAUUUGAAGAGAGUUAGGUUCGCGACUUCAGUUAUGUUCAGCUUAAGUAUUGGAGUCGAGUUGAUGACCCCUGCGUUUCCACAUUGCUUCCUGCUGCUUGCUUCUGUGGCCAACAUUGCUAAACAGAUAAGCCUAGCAUGCUACUUGGCAACUGGUACGGCCGUACAUCGGAGUUUUGCAUUAGCUGAUAACUUGGGUGAGGUUUCUGCAAAAGCCCAGAUCCAAACUGUGUGUUUUGAUAACUUGGGUCUUCUGUUGGCUGCUUCAUUAAAUAUUAUGUUCAAGAACAAUGAAAGAUUGCAAGCAGGUUUGCCAUUUGUGGUAUACCCAAUAUUCUCAGCAAUUGACCUGUGUGGAAUUUACCAAUCACUGAAGCAUGUGCAUCUCCAGACUUUAACCAAGGAAAGGCUUGAGCUGAUUCUCGACAUAUGGAUUCAGUGUGGACGUGUCCCAACACCAGCUGAAGUAAGCAAGCUAGAAGGAAUUAAUCUUCUGGAGAACGCUGUUCAUGAUGUUGAAACAGGAAGAAAGAAAGAAGAUUGGCCAAUUAGAAUUGGUUGCUUGGAUACCAAGAGACAGAUACCUCGAUUAACAAUGUUGACAAUGAAUUCACUGAGCAGGGAGGACUUUUAUUUCAUUUGCUUAGAAACUUGUGGUGGACUAAGAUCUGGAAAAGAAGGAAUUCUUCUUUCUCUAAGAGAAGGUGCAAGAACAGAGGAUAUCAUUAUGGGACUAUUGCAGGCAUGCUACAUUCGUCAAACUCUUCAUUCAAACAGCAGCAAGUGGAAGAACAUCAUAGAAGAUUGCAUUAUAUCAGACUCAGAUGCCAUGAAGUGGUUCGAGUUGACUCAAGAAAGCAAGAGUUUUGCUCAGUCAAAGCUAAUCACAUUGAAUGAACAGAUGGUCAAAUUAAGUUGGGCUACCAAGAAUAUUUUGUUAGGCACACAAGAACAAACUCGAUAUCAUUUUUUUGUUGACAAUAAUGAGUUCUAGUAUUUUAUAUAUUUAAUUAAUUUUCCCA